AUGACAAACAUUGCAGAAGGACGCCUCCAGAUCCUGCAGGUUUACAAACUCAUCCAGUACGUCCGGCAGCGGAACAAAGCCGAGAUCGAGAAGCUGCUGACCGUGGGGGUGCCGCACUUGGUGAACCUGAGUGAGCCCAGCCAGGGGGAAUAUGCCCUGCACUUGGCCGCGCUGGCCAACGAUGUGGAGAUCUGUAGGCUGCUGCUCUCCCUGGGGGCUGAGCCGAACGUGGUGGAUAAGGAUGGCCGCACCGCCGCGAUGAUCGCCGCUGAAGCCGGCCACGACAAUGUCCUGGAGGUACUGGCUGACGCCAACACGGACAUGACCAUCGUAGACAAGAAGGGCAAAGGCAUUUUAUAUUACUGUAUUGCUCCCACUAUCCGUCACCUUCAUUGCUUAGAGAUUUCUCUUGCGCACGGAGCUGAUGUUAACAAUUGCUCACAUGAUGGAAAGCCAGUCUUCUUGUUGGCCUGUGAACAGGCCGCAGCCUGCACCGAAAUGUGUCUGCAGAUAUUAGAGAAAGGUGCUGACCCAAAUUCCAAGUUUGAGGCAACAGGACACACUGCAUUAAUGGAAGCAUCAAGGGAAGGGGCAAUUGAAGUUGUGUGUGCUAUCCUGGAGAAAGGAUGUGAGAUUAAUGUUCUACAAAAUGAACGGUACAACGCUGCCCAUUUUGCUGCCCAAGGGGGACACUUUGAGGUGAUUCGUGCCUUGGUUGCUCAUGACUGUGACAUUGAUGUUAUCAAUUUGGAUGGAAACUCAGCUUUACAUCUGGCAGCGUUGGGCGGCUUUGUUGACACUGCCAGGUUCCUGGCACAAAGAGGGAGCAACCCCAAAAUGAAAAACCUGCAGCAAAAGACCCCAACAGCUGCCGCAAAAGCCAACGGUCAUAAAGCUGUGUCGAAGGAACUCCGCAAGGUUGAGCGCCUCCUCACCAAGUACGCCAAGCCCGACGUGAAAAAUCCCAAUGCACCCUGGGCUAUCCGGCUCUAUGACUGGUCGAUGUAUCACGAGCUCGCACUUCGGAAUCUAUUUGCCACUGUGGACAGAGGUGAUGGCACCUUGGCGAGGGAGGAUUUUGCCGCCAUCCUUAUGGAGAAAAACGCGCCAAUGGCAGAAGAAGAAAUAGCUGCCCUAAUAUCCGCCCAUGACAAGGGCCGGACCGGAGUCAUCGAUAUCAACGAGUUCUUCAAAGGCACAAAGUACCUCGAAAAGGUUUUCCUUAUGUCUUCAUAUGAGCCCAAGAAGAAAAAGGGAAAGAAGGGAAAACGUGGGAAAAAGGGAAAAGUCGUGAUACCCAUACCGAUUUGCACCCUUCCUGAAGAACAUAUGAUUCGGCGGGAGGAUGGGGGCCCACCAGAGUUUAUGAUCGAAAGCCACAAGACAUUCACGGAUAGAAAUCGAUUCAGUCGUGAUAAUCCACCCCAGCAUCCUCUGCAAGAUGACUCUGCAUGGUACUUGGACAAACCAGAAAAGGUCUACACAAAUAUUAACUAUGCAGCGAGAGCGGAGGAUAUGCAAUCAUUAAAGAAAGCAUUUAUCCAGGGAGUGCCAGUUGAUGUGCAGGACAAAUUUUUUACCACUCCACUUAUGGCAGCCUGUGCGGAAGGGAAUUAUGCACUUGCCAAAUACCUCAUCGAAUCAAAGGCUAAUGUAAACGCAUAUGAUAAUUUACUGUGGACACCUCUUCACCAUGCUUGCCAUUCAGGAGAGCAGGGCAUUGUUGAAUUGCUACUGAACGCUGGUGCGUCGGUUAAUGCAGUUUCCAUUAAUGGAGCCACACCUUUAAUGAGAGCAAUAGAGAGCUGCAAAUUGGAAUGUGUAACAUAUCUGAUUAACCAUGGAGCUAGUGUUGACAUGGAGAACAAUAAAGGGCAAAAUGCGUUGGAUAUUGCAAAUGCCUAUGCAGACGUAAGGAUAACUCAAGUGGUCAAGGAGAAACUGGAUAGUCUUCCCAAGAAAGAGAAACCCAAAAAAGGUGGGAAAGGUGCAAAAGGAGGCACUUCGGUUUCUUCAAAGCUUCAAGCAACUCUAGCUGGAACUGAUAUGAUGACACCGUUUUCGACUCAGCCUCACGCAUUGAAAUCACCAAAGAGAGAGUUUCCCAAGGAUAGCAUAGCAAAGAAAAGUGAAAUGCUAAACAGUGGUAUUGCCAAGAAAAUUGACAUUACGUUUGUACCAAAGACUAUAUGGACCACCCCACCAACAACCGAAGAGCUAAUUCAAAGGAGAGUACAAAACCGGGAGAAAUUCACCUAUGAAGUGGAUUUUAAUGCUUACCUAAUGCCUUUCAAGAGAAAUAUCAAAAAGAAAUUGGAAGAAAUAAAUAACUCCUCUUCCAAAUAG